GACUGGGUGGAAGUCGGUGCUGGUAAUAGAAUAUAGGAAAGGCGGAAGGAAGAUGGCGGCGCUGGCUUCGGAGUUGCUGCUUUUGAGCGAUUCAAGCCGCUUCCGAGCAGACAACCUGCUGAGCAGCGAGGACUGGGAUGCAGGUCUUUACAGCUGCUUGGAUAAUGAUGGAAAUGUGGCAGCUGAACUUUUCCCUUGUCUUGAACACAGCAUUAUGGACAGUAAUGGUACCUGUUCUGCGUUCGGUGAUGGGUUUGAUCUGGAUAUGGAAACUAUGCCUCCAGACCCACCUUGGGAUCCUUUGCAAGAAUCUCUAUUCCCAGGGAAACCAGCAGCUCCCAAUAAAACAGAGAGCAUCCUUAGUCGGAAACCCCCCAUUCAACCAAAGCCUGUCGUGGUGACCACUGUCCCAGGACAGACAGCCGCCUCUUCCAGUAAGACCAUCUUGUUGCAGCCAGUACCUGUAACCCAAUCACAGACCGUCAACCCUGGAAUCUCAGUUCCAGCACAGAGUGUUGUGAUUUCCCAAUCUGAGCUGCUGCAUCUCCCAGUGUCCGGUUUGAUCAAGGUUCAGUCUCCGGUGAAGGAAGUUCUCUCACCUAAACCAGCCCCUUCAGUCCCCAAGCCAGAAACUAAAACGAUCAUCCCUGCACCAGCACAAAUAGGACCCUGCAACCAAGAGAUUGAUAUCAAGGUUCUGAAAAGGCAGCAGCGGAUGAUAAAAAACCGUGAAUCGGCUUGUCAGUCCCGCCGGAAAAAGAAGGAAUACCUCCAAGGAUUGGAAUCCCGGCUGCGAGAGGCCCUUGCGGAGAAUGAGAGGCUACGGCGGGAGAAUGCUAUUCUUCGGCGACGGCUAGACGGUGUCCUGGAUGAGAACACCGACCUGAAGUUUGGCUCCGGGAACCGAAAAGUGAUCUGUGUCAUGGUUGUGCUGCUCUUCAUAGCCUUCAAUUUUGGGCCUGUCAGCAUCACCGAGCACAAAGUUGCAGACGUGUCUCAGCCCAAGCAGGAACCGGAGUCUGGCCCAGGCCAGAGGCAUCUUCUAAGCAUUACGCAGGAAGCUCUUGAAAUGCCAGAAGAGGAGCAGGAAGAACAGCAAGAGGAGACCCUGGCAAGGCCAGGCAAGGCCCAAUUCCGGACCACCUGCUGCUGCCUGCCAUCAGCCACAACAAGACCUCUCGCCCUAAAAUGUCCCUGGUGAUGCCGGCCAUGGCUAUGAAUGGUAAAACAAAACAAAACUUCUCGGGAGAGGCUGGGCUGCUGCUGCCCUCCUUCCAAAAGGUGGCUGCAUGUCAGCAUCUCUUUUUUCCUUUUCUCCAGAGAGCCUCUACGGCUCCUCCCUGGGCUACGAAGUCAUGA